AUGGCGCUUCCGCCGCCGCUCGGUGAAGCUUCUAUGCGCCGCUUGCGCUCGGUGCUCUUCGACUGGGGACCCCCCCUGGAACUCACUUGCUUCCGUCUUAGUCGGGCCGCUUGGGUUAAACUGGGACUGAAAUUGACUAUGCCAUAUGCUGUGCUCGGCAGUGGUUCUCUGGCACCGCCGCAACUCUGGCCGACCGCCUACUCUUCAGCAGUAUAUAUGACUCAGAAUUUUCCUAGUGAAUGGGAUGCUGCCUCUAUAUGUAAGUGUGUCAAGGAAGUUCAUAUCAGAUGCCAGAUUGGAAAUGAUAUACAGGAACUAAACAAGAAACUGGAUACAAUCAUACCAGUAAUACAACAGUUAGGACUAGCUGCAGAAGAUCAAUCAGGAAUAGACAGCGAAGUUGCUCCUCAUUACAAUGAGUCCAAUACAAUAGGUAGAGGUGUUGGCAGUGACUGCAAUGAUCUUGUUAAUCUGCUACGGAGAGGUGGAGAAGGCGCCCAUGUUCUUUUCGCCAUAGUUGGAACUAUUGGAGUUGGUAAGAGUACUCUUGCACUCAAGAUAUACCAUGAGAUGAGAGGUAGGUUUAGAACCAGGUUAUGGCCGGAGCAACGUGAGGUGUUACGCCGCUAUCUGGAUGGUUCUACCAGGAACCUGCUCUUGGUCAUUGAUAAUGUGCGGAAAGCAGAUGAUUGGAACCAGUUGCUGGCUGCAAAUGAAGCAUUCCGCCGUUGUGGCUGCAAAGUCAUUGUAACAACACGUGACGAGAAUGUCGCAAGGAUGAUGGGGGUGACCCAUUUUCACCGUGUCAAGUGUUUGAAUGGGGACGAUGGCUGGUUGUUGCUCCACAAAACCGCUAAUCUGGGAGGGACUGUAGCCACUGGUAACAUUCAGGAUGUUGGAAGAAGUAUCGUGCAGAAGUGUAGUGGCGUUCCGAUGGCAAUUAGAACAAUUGGAUGGAAUCUAAGGGGCAGGUCCCGGGAAGAUGAAUGGGAGAGCAUACAUUCACAAGAUUUCAUUUCCUCGUAUACAGGGAUAAGGGACAGUAUUGAUACGACGUACAUGGAGUUGAAGUAUCGCGUCAAGCGGUGUUUCCUCUACUGCUCUUUAUACCCAGAGCAAUUUGUGAUCAAGCAGCAGUGUGCCACGCAGCAGUGGAUUGCAGAGGGUUUCUUUGAGGGCAGACCAAAUUUGGAAGAGGAGGCUGAAAGCUGUUACCAGGAAUUAAUAGAGAGGGGUCUUCUUCUGCCUGAGCAUGAAGCUAAUGGUGUGGUGGGAGCAAAGAUGCCUACUCUACUGAGAUCGUUUGCACUCUAUCGGUCAGGCGAAGAGAACUGUGUGGAUAAUCCUAGUCGUAUCAGUAGUACCAGUAAACCAUGGCGCCUAUGCAUCACAGAUGAAGAAGCUAUAGAGGCCAUCCCGGUUUAUGUCACUCGUUUGAGGACACUCUUUGUGUCUGCAAGCCCACUCAGAAGAAGCAGCUUGGACCUUAUCAUUGGAAGGUUUCCGAACCUAAGAGUACUAGACCUUAGAGACACACAAGUUGAGAGCAUUCCCAAAACGCUGGGAAGAUUGCUGCAACUUAGGUACUUGAAUCUUUCGAAUACUGAAAUAAGAAAACUUCCUCAGAGUAUUGGGAAUCUGAUGAUGCUGCAGUUUCUAAUCCUCCAAAACUGUCCUUACCUCACACAAAUGACCAGCCAUGUUGGCCGUCUGGAAAACUUGAGGGGCCUCGACUUCUCAGGGGCACCAGAGCUAAAUGAUGUCCGUUUCAGACUACUCAAACUGACAGGACUCAACUGCUUGCGUGGUUUUUUUCCAGCUAACCAUGGUUUGAAACUCAAGGAAUUACAUGCACUGCGCAACCUUACAAGCCUCCAGAUACUGAAGCUAGGCAGGGCAUCAAGCAUAGAAGAUGCACACCAAUCAAGGCUGCAGGAAAUGUAUCAUCUGAAAGAGCUCGAACUGUGCUGCAGUUCUGUCGACCAACCACCAGUUGACGGUCAAGAGCAUAUGAAAGAUGUGUUCAGCGCACUCAGACCUCCUCAGAGUUUGGUUUCUCUCAAGCUAGAUGGUUACUACGGCAAUGGAUUUCCAGCUUGGUUUUCAGUUUCUCACCUUACAGCGCUGCAGCGGCUGACGCUUGAUGGCUGUGUCCACUGUCAGCGCCUACCAGCUCUCGGUGAGAUGAUGAAUCUCAAAUUCCUGGCUAUCAUAGGCUUCAGUGUGUUGACUGAGAUCAACUAUGAGCUUCGUGGGGCACCAGCAACCGGUGUGGCAUUUCCACUGUUGGAGCAGCUAUUCCUAGGGAGGAUGCAGAAUAUGGUGUCAUGGUCUGGUCUUGUAGAUAUAGACAUGCCUUUACUUGAGAGAUUACAGCUUGAUAGCUGCCCCAUGAUGAUUUCUGUCCCCUCAUGGCUCCAGCACUGCACGACACUGAAAAGCUUGAAGAUACAGCAUGCUGAUGCGCUUCAAUAUAUCGAGAAUCUGCCAGCACUUAAGGAGCUGCAAGUUCACUAUAGUUCCAAUCUGAAUAGGAUACUUAACCUCAGUAGACUGGAGGAUUUGAAAAUAGUGAGCUGCGCAUGUCUGACUGUCGUGCAGGAUGUUCCUCUGUUGCGCAACUUGCAUUUGGAUUUGGGCAAACACACAGCCGAGCUUCCAGAAUGGCUCCAGAAGAAACAGUCAUUUACUCUCAGGGGAUUGGAGAUUAUCGGCAGCGAGGACCUAUUGAACAGAUGCUCCUCAUCCACCGCGCGCUACGGGCGCCUCAUCAAAGAUGCAGCUGAUCAUGUUUAUGCGAAAUUGCAUGGUGGUUCCUUGUACUUUUCGUACACCAAGAGGACUGGCAUGUUCUAUAGAAGCCGACGAUGCAGGGAAUGCUUCAGUAUGCAAGGCGCAGCUAUCCUCGCGGUGCCUGUUGCUCCCCAGCGAGUUCAUGGUGGCUGGGAAACAUGGAUCAAGUACACACUUUGUGCCAUCUUCCUCAUUGUUUCCCAGUUCUUUGUUCAGUGGGCUGUUAGCUCUAGGUGGCUCACCAAAGCCGAAACCGUUAUCGCUGAACAAAUCAGACCGGGGCAACACCCGGGAUACGACAUUGACCUCCAGGUCUGGCAGCCCCGCAUGACUAAGGCGUCGGGGGAGAAAACCAUACCUAGCAUUCAUGAAUCACGGACGCAACACACGAUCCACCAUCUUUCAGAUGUCGUCAAUGCAGACCACAGUUUGCACCCGCUCCUGGACUACCUCCCAAGCUCCUCGCCGACGCUGGAGCAAACGUUGUCGCAACGGCGGAGUCAGAGGACACAGGUCUACCAUGAGUAUGCCGCCGCCGCUACGCCAUCUUUGCUUGAACAUACUGGUUUCUAA